GGGGCCGCGCUGUCCCCACCGGCCACGGCCGGUUUGGGAGGCGGGAGCGUAGCGGAUCCCGGGUGGAGGCUGGGAAACACCGCCCCGCGCGAGCCACAGUCUCCGCUGAGCCUGCCCCUUCCGCAGGGCCCUGCCGUGGGCGGCGGCUUUGCUGGCGUGGAGUUCGCGCUGCCUCAGGAGCCGGAGCCGCGGGCGGGGGACCUAGGAGUCCCAGGGACGUGGGCGGGGGCGGGAGCAGAGCCUGGGCCCCCGACGCCAUCGGCUCACAUCCCGGUGCCAGCACAGAGAGCGCCCCCAGGAAAGUCCCGGCUGGACGAGGUCAUGGCUGCGGCAGCCCUCACCAGUCUGUCCACCAGCCCCCUCCUUCUGGGGGCCCAGGCUGCAGCCUGUAGUCCAGAGCUUGGCUGGGAGCCCUGGAAGGAGGCACAGGUGCUGCCACUGGGCAGCUGCAGCAGCAGCAGAGACUGGGGCUGGGACCCGGCCAGUGACCGGUCCUCGCCAGCCACCCCGUCAUCUCCGCUGCCCUCCGAGGCGGCCCACUUCCUGUUUGGGGAACCUGCCCCCAAAAAGAGAAAGCGCUCCGUGCAGGUCCUGUUCCAGUGCCUGUGGAAGCAGUGCGGGAAGGUGCUGAGCACGGCCUCCGGGAUGCAGAGACACAUCCGCCUGGUGCACCUGGGGCGGCAGGCAGAGCCCGAGCAGAGUGACGGGGAGGAGGACUUCUACUACACAGAGUUGGAUGUUGGCAUGGAUGCAGAGUCGGACGGGCUGUCUGGCCUGUCCCCAGCGUCCCCCACGGCCUGUGUGCCACCUGUCUUCCCUGGCCUGGGGCUGCCAGAGCCCCCGACCCUGUCCAGCCUGCUGCGCCCACUGGCCCUGUCCCCGGUCCCAGUGCUGAGCCCCGGGGCUUGCCCAGGUGACAACGCCUACCAGGGCUGCCUGGCCCCCACCCGCCUGGAGCCGCAGCCCACCAUCACCAGGACCUGUGUUCCAACCCUGCCCUCCAAGCUCGGCACCAGCCCAAGGAAGCCCCGAGGUGAUGCCAAAAAGUGCCGGAAGGUGUAUGGCAUGGAUCACCGGCACCUCUGGUGUACAGCCUGCCGCUGGAAGAAGGCGUGCCAGCGCUUCCUGGACUGAGGG